CCAAGGCUCAGGUCUAGGAUCGCCCCUCCGACCCCCAUUCCCAGGCGUUCAUAUGGAUGGUGUCUGGAGGUCAGGGGAAAGCUGGGGGCCUCAAGGAGCAGGAGAGUCACCCGAGGUCCAGCCAGAGCCCUGGUCAGUCACGCCUUCCCCUCAGACCCCGCGGCCCCCACCGCAGCACCUCGACCCUCGUGCACCCCGGCAGUGACUGCAGGCACCGCUUCCUUGCAAAACGCCCGCAUGUCAAAGUUCUCGCAUCGCGGUUGGACGCGCCCUCCCGGCCCUGCUGUCUGCUGGCUCUGCAGUUUUCCAAAUGCGGACGAUGCCACGAGCCAAGAGAAAACUCCGAAGCACCCCCAGCUGGAGCCACGCGGCGCCGGCACCAUGGCUUCCCCCUCGCCGCGGGCACACCCCCACCACGGCCGCCGGCAAGUUUGCGGGGGGCCGGGCGGGCUGAGUGGGACUCACCGCGGAGCCCCUCCGGCCGGGCUGGCGACGGCGGCCGUGGGCGCAGGGUCGCGGCUCCCGACAACAGCAAACACAUUCUCUGCGAUGGCUUCUCCGCUAAGAUGAGCCCAGUUUUACCCAUCAGAGCCCCUGAGCCGUCGACGUCGUCCUGCGGAGGUGACCUCAGCAUCACCGGUCACCAGAACAAUGACCGCAGCGGGACACCGCCUCACACCGCCGGGACGGCUGGAAACAACAGGAGCCCCAAACCGGAAAAUAAUUAGUGUUGCUGUUGUCAGUGAGGAUAUGGCGAAAUUUGAACCUCCAGUGUUGCUGAUGAGACGGUAACACGGUGUGGCUGCCUUGGAGAAUGGUCAGGGAGUGCCUCAAAAAUCAAACCAUCAUGCCAGCAACCCCGCUCCUCGGAGCAUGCCCCCACCCCGAUGACGGGGACCUAAGCAGACCCUCGCACUGGAGCACACACAGCAGCUGAAGGGGGCCCAGAGCUGGCUACCCAUGGAUGGACAAACCCACACGGGUCACACCACGCACACACCUGGGAGACGCGGUACUGACUGAACCACACGGGCCACCUCAGCAGGAGGAGCCACAGAGGUGGAGCAGACAGAGGAUGCCGGGGCCAGGGGACAGGAGAGCAACCACCUGAUGGGAACCCGGCCCUCUUCCCAGGGAGGGGAACAUUCUGGAACCAGAGAGAGGUAGCAGUGAUGGUGCCAAAUGCCAGGAAACUGUUCACUAUAAAAUAGCUCAUUUGAUGUUAUGUGGAGUUCACCCCAAUUAAAAAACAACAAAAA